AUGACGUACUUCCUUUGCGGGCUACCUUCAAAAUGCAAGGUAGCCUGCAAGGGAACGGAAUAUUCACCAUUAUCCUCACAACUUCUCAGUACCUUCCUGCAGUCCGUUUCGCUUGAGUGUGGACUCGAUUCAAUACCUACGCAUUCCACGAACAAGCUCCACAAAACCGUUUACAAAACGGUCAACUUCCCAUGGAGUACCUUAAUCUGGACCGUUUGGCGUGUGCGUGUGCUCGUUCGGAUAGCCCCAAACUCCCUGAAAACGGACCACCAAACCGUUUGUGAAAUGGUUGAGGCCUCGUGGAGUGCCUCAUUCUGGUCCGUUUGGCGUGCGCGUGGGUUCGUUCGGAUACCCCCAAACUCCAUGAAAAUGGUCCACAAAACCGCUUUCAAAAUGGUUAAGGCCUUGUGGAGUACCUUAAUCUGGUCCAUUUGGCAUGCACAUGGGCUCGUUUGGAUACCCCCAGACUCCCUGAAAACGGUCCACCAAACCGUCUGUGAAAUGAUUGAGGCCUCAUGGAGCACCUUAAUCUCAUCUGUUUGGCAUGCAUGUGGGCUUCUUCGGAUACUCCCAAACUCCCUGAAUAUGAUCAACAAAACUGUUUAUGAAAAGGUUGAGGCCUUGGUUGAUUGUUAUACAUUGAAUAUAAAGAAAUAUAAUUGA